AUGCGAAUUUUCGCCGUGCACGGCUGUGCCUCCGCGGUUCGAAUUCUGCAGGCGAGGGCGUUGACCAGGUGCAGCCAGGACUGCUUUCUGUCACGAGGAGGACUCAGACAUCUUCGAAGCGCGAGGUCCGGAAGGUCUGGGACCGCAGACCCCGCAGCGGCCGUGAAGAACUCUGGCCUUGGACGCUUGUCUGCGCCUCGCUCCGAUGGACUUGGCGCAGAGCAGCCCUCCGCGCCCCACCUGCCCGAAGAACCGGCUGCCGAAGAUGCGGACUUUGUGGAUGAGGGGGCUGGCGAGGCAAUUGCCGUGGAUGCGCUGGCACCAGCAGCAGCCAUGCUGCACAAGAACGCCCUAGUGGAAGGCUUUGACGAGCCUCUGCCCCUAGAGGCACUGGACCCGCAGGACUCGCUUGACAAGCUUCCACACGUCGCUGGUGGCCACAGCCGACCCCUGAAGCCGCCUUACGAGCACAUCCCUCGCGCUCCGCCAGGGCUCCUCCAACGCCUGGCCGAGGUGGAGAAGUUGGAGGGCAAGUCCAAGGGCUCGAAGCGGACCAAGCGACGAGGACAGUUUGAGUUUGACGACGACGUGCCCAUCCGAGUCCGGGUGCUGGAUGUGGAUGCCCUGGCUUUGGAAGAGCUGCACAAAGCCUUCAUGUACACUUUGGUGCGGAGGCGACCUGCAGAAAUUUGUGUGCGAGUGGCCUCAAGGCUUGCUGUCUUCCGGGAUAAGCCGGGCCAGCAAUCCUAUCAGAACCUCCUCCAGGACUGUGGGAGGCUGUUCGGCUCUCUCCAUGGCCCGGAGCUUCUGGCUCUCUUUGCCCGAUGCUUUUCCACCAUCUCCGUGCCCUUCAUGCUCGACUACACAAGGAAGUAUGGGCACUUCUCCCGUGGGUUCCUCGCAGAGCAGGUUGAGAAGAGUCUCCGGCCUGGAUUCUUCGAUUUCUUGCGGUACGAGGAGAAUGGUGGCGUCCGGCCGCUGCCGCUUCUCGUAGCAAAGCCAUGGAGCCUCGGGUCCUACACGCGGCUGAUGACCAAGAGCUACAUGAAGAGCCGCAUGCACGAGCAGCUGAAGCUGCACGGCCAUGUCCCGAAUGUCGAGCAAGACACCGACCCAGACAUGCCUGCAGAGGCAAGGGUCAUCGAGCAUCUCGCCCGUGCCGGGUCCUUGCGGGUCGAGGCACCGAAAGGGCCGUCACCAGAGGUCCAAAGACCUGCGAUGCUGGAGGCCAUUGUCCAGGUAGGAUGCUGCAAACGCCAACCCGGUUGUCACCACGGGCCCGAAAUUACGUCUGGUAGCUAG